CUCCGUCCCCCACUCUAAAAGCCUCCGGACUGAAAAAGCAGCCUGCGCGCUGGGGUUCCGGCGCAGACAGGGAGGCGGAGAGGAGGGGAGGGGGACGCUCCGGAGUGGUGCACACGCGCAGAAAGGGCGAGCGAGAGAGAGAAGCGGCUGAGGGAAAGAAAGGAGAGAUACGCGCAGGGAGGGAGGCGGGAGGAGAGAUCGAGACCUCCACGCCUGGCAGACUUUUUAGGAAUUUUAAGUUUCUUGAAUUCGAAUCCCUCCCUUCGCGCACGCUUCCCCACUCUCUCUCUCUCUCCUUCCCCCUCCCUUCGACGGCUGAGGAGAUUCGGGGGAGACAGAGAGGAGGAGGAAGGGUCCGGGAAGGCGGCCUGGGCUGAGGCUCCGCCCUCGCCCUCCCUCAGGGGGAAAUAGUUUUAUUAUUAUUUUUAUUUAUUCCCAUUUAUCCCCCUUCCCUUCGGUGCCGGCGGCCCUGUGAGGGAAUUCGGGAUGGCGACAGACGACGACCACGACUGAAGUGGAAGCCCAGAUCGAUGUCCUGCCAGCUCCAGCCCACCUGUGUGGAAUUCAUGAUCACAUGACCCUGGAUAUGGACGUCGUCCUGUCGGAUUUUGUCCGCUCAACGGGGGCAGAGCCGGGAUUGGCAAGAGACUUGCUUGAAGGGAAAAACUGGAACUUGAGCGCUGCGCUGAGUGACUUUGAGCAGCUGAGGCAGGUGCAUGCUGGGAACUUGCCCCACUCCUUUAACGAAGGGCGGGCCUUCAAAAUUGUGGAAAAGGAGGCUUCUUGGCCUGUGCGGCCUCCCCUACAGCGCCAAGAUGACAUUGUCCAAGAAAAGCGCCUCUCUCGUGGCAUUUCCCACGCCAGCUCCACUAUCGUCUCUCUGGCUCGUUCCCACGUCUCCAGCAACGGUGGUAGCAGUGGGGGUUGCGGCGGAAGUGGGGAGCACCUCCUGGAGAUGCCCAUCUGCACCUUCCAGCUGCCCGACCUGACCGUCUACAACGAGGAGUUCCGGUGCUUCAUCGAGCGGGACCUCAUCGAGCAGUCGAUGCUGGUGGCCCUAGAACAGGCUGGCCGUCUGAAUUGGUGGGCCAGUGUGUAUCCCAGCUGUCAGCGGCUGCUUCCCUUGGCAACCACAGGAGAUGGGAAUUGCCUGCUUCAUGCUGCCUCUUUAGGCAUGUGGGGGUUUCAUGACAGGGACCUCAUGCUGCGUAAAUCUCUCUACGCUCUCAUGGACAAAGGUGUGGAAAGGGAGGCUCUGAAGCGGCGCUGGAGGUGGCAGCAGAUGCAGCAGAACAAAGAGUCCGGACUUGUUUACACAGAAGAGGAAUGGCAAAAGGAGUGGAACGAAUUGCUCAAGCUGGCCUCAAGUGAGCCUCGCAUGCACUACGGCAUAAACGGAGGGAACUGCGGAGGCGUCGAAGGCUCCGAGGAGCCGGUGUACGAGAGCCUGGAAGAGUUCCACGUCUUUGUCCUUGCCCAUGUCCUCAAGAGGCCCAUCGUGGUUGUGGCGGACACCAUGCUGCGAGACUCUGGAGGGGAAGCGUUUGCGCCUAUCCCCUUUGGUGGCAUUUAUUUGCCCUUGGAGGUGCCUGCCAACAAGUGCCACUGCUCCCCGCUGGUCCUGGCCUACGACCAGGCCCACUUCUCUGCCCUGGUAUCCAUGGAGCAGAAGGAACCCGCCAAGGAGCAAGCCGUGAUCCCGCUGACUGACUCUGAACACAAACUGCUUCCCGUACACUUCGCUGUGGACCCCGGGAAAGACUGGGAGUGGGGCAGAGACGACAGUGACAACGUCAGGCUGGCAAGUGUGACUGUCUCGCUGGAAGCGAAGCUGCAUUUGUUGCACAGCUACAUGAAUGUAAAGUGGAUCACUUUGCCCUGUGAAAUGCAGGCACCUCUUGCCCAGCCGGAGUCUCCAACCGCUUCCGCAGGGGACGAGGCCCGGUCAGCUGUGGAUUCCGGGGACUCGGACAAGGAGUCUGUCUGCAGCAGCUCAGCGAGCAACAGCGGAGGUAGUAAGGGUGGCGGCGGCAGCAAGGAGAAGGAGAAAGAGAAGCCGAAGAAGGACUGGGAGAAGGAGAAGAAACGGGCCGACUCGGUGGCCAAUAAGCUCGGCAGUUUUGGCAAGACCUUGGGGAGUAAACUGAAGAAGAACAUGGGUGGCCUAAUGCACAGCCGAACGGUCAAGGGGGGUGUGAGCAAUGGGCAAGGGGAGACCCUCGAGAAAAAGAAGAAGGGGUCUGUCAAGGUGCGGAAGGGCAGCAAGGACGAGGCGUCUUCCGGGGACUCAGCGGCCCCUGCUGAGAAGCCGUGCCUGGGCAAGGCGACCGCGGAAAAGCCGCCGGACACCUGCAAGUACAGCAGUGAAGUCCGGCAGAGCCUCGGCUUCCUCCGGGCUGCCAUGCAAGGGGAGCGGAAGUUCAUCUUCGCUGGCCAGCUCAAGACAAGCCACUGGCACCAGUUCCGGGAGGAGAUGAUCCAGAGGUAUCUCUCGGAUGCCGAGGAGCGCUUCUCUGCAGAGCAGAAGCAAAAGGAGGCGGAGAGGAAGGUGGCGGCGGCGGCGCUCGGGAAUGCUGGGGCGGCCAAGAAGCUGGACUCAGAAGGCAACCCUCUCAAAGGCGAGGAGGCCCUGCUGAGCACUGCAUACCCCCCGGUGCUCCCGCCGUACAGCCUCCACAGCCCGGAUCUGGCCGCUGUGGGGGCUGAAAUGGCCAGCUUCCCCUCCAGCUACUCAGGUGUCUUCACCAUUCCCCGUUCCUCCAUGAUGAGCAGCGUGGAAAGCCCCCACCUGCCCAGCUACCAAGACAGCCGGAGGCAAGUUGCCGGCGGUCCCUGCACCCCGCUCCCCUCUUAUGCGACGCUGCCCAGGCUCUGUGCCCAGGGCCGCCCUCACCCGUACCAAACCAGCCCUUCGCACCUUGGCGAGCGCUUCUCCCCCACCGAGACGGACACGCCCACAGGCUAUGUGGUAGCAGACUGUGACGCCCCUCCCUGCCCAGUCCCGCCCAGCAAUGGCUACCAGGAGUACACAGAGCCGGGUGAGGCCAGCUCUUCUCCGAAAAGCCCCAGCGGCCAUCGGGGCAAAACGCUCCUGCUCUACAACCUCCAGCAGACAAAAUGCAAGCAGCCGAACUGCAGCUUUUAUGGGCACCCGGAAACCGGGAACUUCUGCUCCUGCUGCUUCAAAGAGGAACGGAAGCGCAAGGAACGAGAGCAGCAGCAGGCCAACUUGAUGCACAGGUUUUGAGCAGCCUGGUCCUGGAAAUCUGGCUCCUGGACCCCCGUGGGAGACACGGAGGAUGCAAUAAUGUUAUCGUCCCCUCACCCCCCCUUCCCUCUCUCGUUGAGAAGAAGGGUUGGACAGUUCCGGGGGUGGCAAGCUGCUUCCCUGGGACGGGGAGCUGAGCCCCUCGCUUCCGAGGGGGAGUGUGGAGGAAGAGAAAGCGAAAUGCUGUUGGCGAGAGCGCGGGUGUGGCAGCUUGAGGUGUGUUGGGGCAGCACAGAGAAAUCAGGAAGGUUGAGUUGUACAGAUCACCUGAAGCUAUUGAACAGAGCAGAUCUCCUAGACCAAAGUUUUGAAUUCCAAGGGUAAAACAAAACACAGCAAUGUCCGGGGGGGGGGGCUCCCCUCAUCUGACUGUCCACAACUUGCUUUCCGUGCCCCACCUCUCCCAUUUCAAAGGGAUUAAAAGCACCAUCCUUAUAAAAAAAAAUUUAAAGUUUGAAAACUUUUUUUUAAUCUUUUUAUUGAGUAAUAUUAACAUUUUUCCCUGUGUGCUUUUUUUUUAAAAAAAAAUCCACGUGUGUAGGCUUUUCCACUCCACCCUGGCCCCUAAAACACGGACCUUUUAAAAAAGUUGGAAAAGGACUUUUUCCUCUUAGAAAUCAAACAGUUCUGUUCCCUCCCCUUCCACCUCUUCCUCCAGAUCGCGCUUGCCCUUCCCAAAGUCCUCUGGUCUUCUGAGCAGGACCUGUCACGGCUGGUUUUAGCCCUUCCGGAUGAGUUGGGCUUGAGAUAUUCUUUUAAAAAGAUAUAUAUUUUUCAACGUGGAGGGAGGGGGAGGGAGCGGAAACCAUCCAAGUCGCAAUACUGAGUGUGUGUGAAGUUUUUUUACUGUGCAAAAAAAAAAAAAAUCCCACCCCCAAACCUGUUCUUGAGAUGGCUGUACCGACUUAGUAAAAGAAAAUUGGAGACCAGGACUUGGAUCGGUGGGGCUAUGAUAAGAGCAAUACACCUCUGCAGCCAACUUGAAAGUCAGAGGACAAAACAGAGUCACGCUGGCAACAUGGGCCCUUUGCCCACUUCCAUGUUGCUGCUGCUGUCCCUGUCGAAUGCGCUGGUGGGUAGGUAGGGGGGCGUGUGUAAAAUUCUCUGCAGAGAAUAACUUGCUUCCCGCACGAGGUAUUUCGUUUUUGUUUUUAAUUUUCUAGACUACCUCUGUUCUGCUGAGUGGAAAUGAUCUGGCUCUCUUUUGCAGAGCCAAUGCUUUGACCAUGGGAAUGACAAGUAAAUACUAAAGAAUAUAGAUACGAUAUAUAUAUUUUUAACAGGGCAGCAUUUGUGUUCGAGAGGGAGGGUGGGAUGUAAAGCAGAAGAAAACUAUACUAUAUUUUUCUUGUUGAUGUCUUUUUUUUAAAAUGGAUUAUCGCCUGUUUUUUCCACAGCUUCUCGCCCCAGUCCUUGAAAAUCUUUGGCAUUCUUUUUGACACCGCCCAGGUGCACCCACCAUUGCCGCUGCAGCAUUUUGACACAAAAAGUUUUCUUGGUGCACAGACUAGAGAAUGUCUUUGGGAACUUCCGCCCAAGUAGGUUUUGAGCGGGAUGCCACAGUCCGUUAGGAAAAUGAACAGAAUCUAAAAUCCGACCGAUGUCUGGGGUAGGAGAAGGCAGCGGCGGUGCUGGUGGUUGGGAAGUAUAUCUGACUCACUGAAGAGUCUCCAAAACUAUGCAAUUGUUUUUACACUACAGAGCUGCCAGGGUGGGGACCGAGAGAGGCAAUGCAAAUGUACUUAAAAAUCGUAACAGCAGAAACUUUGGAUGGUUUUCUCAGUUCUUGGAUUCCCCUUUGUGCUGCCUUAACAGGGACGAUGGCACAAUGCAAACUUAGUUCUUCCCCUUCAUCGUUUCAUUUGAGGGAGGGAGGGUCAAAUGGGGGGGAGGGUGUCUAUAUGGGCUGCUGUGUUCGGUCUGUCAAGGGUUCGGCUGCCUCAUAUAAAAUGGAGAGUACUCUUUAAGCCCCUUGUCAAAUGGAGGGUGUACCCACGGCCAUCCCCUUUGCUGUGGUUAAGGGUGUUAACCGGCUAUUUCAGAGCCCCACGCUGGGGUUGAUGGGAAGGUGGGAUUUUUUUGUGUGGGGGGGGCAGGUUGCCUGCAUGGAGCUAGCAAGAGACUGGGAGGAAAACAGUCAAGGGACUUGCUUGCCCUUCUCCAUGUUGGUGGAAGAGGCAGAUUGGUGCCCUGUUAAGGCAAGGACGGGGUGACCAUCUGCAUCGCUCCAGAUGUUUCUGGGCUACACCUCCCAUCAUCAUCCUUGACCACUGGCCAUGCUGGGAGUUGGGAGGCCAGUAACAGCUGGAGGGCUGCAGAUGUUCCAUCCCUGUAUUAAGGGGAGCAGUUUUGAUGCUCAGUCCUGAGGUCUAGCCCAGCCUUUCCCAACUAGUGGGCCACCAGAUGUUGUUGGACCGCAAUUCCCAUCUUUCCUGACCAUUGGCAAUGCUGGCUGAGGCUGAUGGGAGUUGUGGUCCAACAACACCUGGUGGCCCACUAGUUGGGAAAGGCUGGGCUAGCCCCAGUAAUCCAUGCAAUCUGGGGUUCUGGGUUUGAAACGGAGCACCCUAGACAACUUUUUGAUGCCUGAGGCAUCCUUCAGUUCAACUGUACAAACGCUGUUUGAGGGAGGCCAUGUUCCUUAACACACAUGGUAACUAAAAGGUGGUGUUGCCAAGUUGGAAGUAGCCGCUUUCUCCCCUAGUGACGUGCGUGUAUACGUUCUUCCUAUUGGGGCCAGCAGAUAAAAUUGUUGCAUCUGUUGUGAUCUCUCUCCACCACAACCACCCAGGGUGCUUUGGGGUUUUCCAGUUGGAGUGUUCACUGAUAAGAAUUCUUAGAAACGAAGUUUGAGUUGUAUUUUUUUUUUAACCUCUGGAUGCAUCGGGCGUGUCCUAAAAAGGUUUUUAUGGAGAUGUGUAUGUCAUCUGGAAGAGCGGGCUAGGGAUAGGCAGGGUUGGAUUGUGGAAGGUUUUACAGUUGAUUGGAUCUCUUCCCCUCCCCCCCCCCGCUGCCCCGAUCACACACAGAGAAAUGAUCACUCUUCUUUUUGAUUUCACCCUCCUUUUUUCCAUCUGCAAGAGUUUCUUAAGACUUGAGCCGGGUGAUCUUCCAUGUCCCCAUCUCUGUUCCUCUUUGCAUUUGGGGAGACCACAGGUGGCAUCCAAGUAGAUCCAUUGAAACUGAUGGACCUCGGCGAGUCAUGCUGAUUCACACAGCCCUGUAGACACUUCUUUCCUUCCCCCCCCCAUAUGCAACGUUCUUAAGAUCGCACCUUGAUGGUCUGUUACUGGUCUCGUGUCUAGUCUUCUGUUAUUAUUAUUACUGCAAUUAGGUUAUAUAUAUUGUAGUAUUUUUUAAAAUCAAGGGGAAAACGAACUUAAACCUUUUUAAGUUACAAAAAAAAUAUUUAAAGAGUAUUUUUUCUAUAAACACCAGAGUGUGAACUUUGACCCCAAUUCCAGAGCCUUUCCGCCUUAAUAUCAUAAUGAAUGCUUCUUAAUUAACUCUUGUGUGUGUGUGUAGGUGUGUGUAGGUGUGCACACAUGCAUUGGAGGACUUGGAAUCAAGGUAGCCGUUGACUGGCUUUAUUAAAAAGAAAAAAUCCUCAGAUUUUUCUAAUGUUCUCUCAUGUUACUUGUUUCCUUUUUGGUGAAACAUCUCCCCCUCCCAUUCUAUUUUCCUUAAAAGGGAGUAUUAAAAAGAUAAAUUGUAUUUAUUGAUACAGACCUCUUUCCUCCUCCACUUCAACAACAUAUUGAUUGCCUAGGCAGCUGCCUACUGAAUGCGGUGGAAGUGUUUUAUGGUACAUCUUUUUUUGUUUAUUUGGGGGGGGGGUGAGAUGAGAAGAGAGUAAACAGUCUGGGUUCCCAAGCAGCUUUUAUUCUUUUAAUUGGAAUGAACACUACACUUUUUAACUUAUUUUUUUUUAUAGAAAGGUGGGAGGGGGAGAGAAAUUGGGUUUGUUUGAUUGUGGUCCGGUACCCUCUGGUGGACAGGAGGGGUUACAGCACACACCUCAGCCACAAAUUUCUCCCAGGCACCCUUUGCAAGUCAGUGGAGGUUGACCAUUCAUGCAUUUUUUUUCAUUUUAAACAUAGUUGGGUGCACUUUCUAGUGCAAAGGGGUGGAUCAUAAGUGGCUGUAACUCUGGCUUUUGGGUUUUUUCUAUGCUAGGGUGGUUGUUGGGACCGUCCCAGGCACCUACCUACCUAAAUAGAUUAAAAUCAUUUAAUGAGCCAAGUAUUGUUGUUGCUCUAGAGGCAUAACCUUUCUUUAAAAAACAAAUAUGCACAAUACAUUUUGCACAGCAAAAAAAGCCUCAUUGGACAACAGUUUUAUUUUUGUUUUUUCUAUGCGAGCACAUUAAUUCUAAGAAUCUGUCUCAGUUUCUUUCAAUUUACUUUUUUUUUGGAGGGGGGGAAUAGAAUGAUUUUUUUUAUUUUUAAAAAAAAUCAUUAAAAGUCCAGGGUAUAACUUUAACCAGCUUGUAGAAUCUCCAUAGAAAGGUUUCUCUUUUAUGGUUUUUUCCCCUGCUAGUUGUCCAAGAAGUGACCUGAAUUAAUUCUCUGAUUGUUGUUGACAAUAAAAACUAUUUUUAAAAAAACUCAACUUUAAAUA